GCUUCUAUUUUUAGUUCAUGUCUAUGUCAACUUACUUUUACGCGCUUAGCAAAAAUAUUAUUCUAAUUCCACUGUGAUGAGUUGCAAUAUCAUGUGCAAGCAUCAUCGAACAGACACAUCAACAGCUUUGCUGCACACGCAACACGACUCCGGACGUUGCGUGUGCCAAGUGGGCAGACUCUCUGACGGGUGCUAUCAAUAAAGUGGGCACACUUCACUCACAAUACAGACUAGACAGAACAGAGGAAUUUGUGCUUUCAUUUUGCGGUCGGCAGCCACUAUGGAAGCAUAUGGCACGUCGUUGCUGAUCUUGAACGAUGAUUGCUUGGACAAUAUUUUCCAGUAUCUUGCAUUGGAGCAGCUGAUACCGCUUUUUGGCAAAGUUCAUUCUGUUAUCGACGCUGCCAUCGAUCGGCAGCUGCACAGAUUUCGCCACUUUGAGUUCAGCAUGCGGUUUCCACCUCAAUAUGACGCAAACCAGUUACUAGCACUUGGCCGACACCUGCAGAGUAUCAACAUUAAUGUGGGCUAUUCCGUGCGCUCGGACAGUGUGCUGGCCCUGCUGCAUCCCCUGUGCGCGGGCGCAGCAGAGGCGGCUCGUCUAAGGGCACUCAAAAUACAACAUGCCAACAUUGCAAGCGACUAUUUAAAAGUGAUUUCGCUGGUGGCUCCCUUUCUGCUCGAACUGGAUCUCAGCCGUUGCGAUGUGGCGGAGCCAAGUCAGUUGACGCUGCUUUUACGGUCAGCAACGAAAUUAAGGACGCUGUCUCUCUCCAACAGGGAUGCAGCUGGACUGGAGCAGUCGUUGCUUGGUCGGAUGCAGCUGCUUAAAGUGAAUUGGUUGGUGGGCACAGAACUGUUUGAUGUCGCCUCGGUCAAUCAAAGGUAUCCGUUCUUAAGCAUUGUUGUAUACCAGAGCAAUCAUGUAGAUGUGUACGGACCACCUGUUGCUAGAAACAUUGGAUAUUUUCACUAAUAUUUAAUUAAAACUAGAUACAUUUGUUGACAAAUUGUCACGGCUUAUCGAUUGCAUUAAAAUUAUAACAGGCUCAAUAAAUUGUGGUGGCGGUCGAUAACAUCGAUAACAUUAACAUAA